AUGUUGGUAUCUCAAAACAACAACUUGUCCAGUGAUGAUCUCGAAUUGCCUAUCUACUUCACUGCUGAUGGCAAGCGAGCUCAACAAUACAAUUCUUUGUUGUUAUUUCCAGUGGCCUUAGUACUAAUGAACAAUAACAUGACUGGAUAUAUACCGAAUGAGAUUGGCCAAUCGAAGCUUCUCCGUGUGUUGAACCUUGCAAACAAUUUCUUCUCAGGCAAGAUUCCAGACCAAACAUCCAACCUCAAAGACUUGGCAACAUUGGAUCUCUCCGUAAAUCAUUUCUCUGGAAAUAUGCCUGCAUCAUUAACAAGCCUUAAUUUCUUGGCAGUAUUUAAUGUCUCAUACAAUAAUGUGGAAGGACAAAUACCAACAGGCACUCAGUUGCAAAGCUUCGGUGCAUCUGCAUUUGAGGGGAAUCCCAACCUCUGUUGUCUUCCACUUCCAUAUGAAUGCCAACCAGCACUCCCAAAUGAUGACCUUGAUGGAGAUGAUAACAACAGGAUCAGCCUCUAUGUGAUGAAAGCUGCAUGUGGGGAUCAAAAGGAUGAAGAACAGGCUUAA